UAGGCUGCAUCAUUCUUUACUGUGGGGGCUGACCUGUGCUUUGCAAGAUUUUAGCAGUAUCCCUGGCCACCACUCACUAGAUGGUGAUAGUACGUUCCUCUGCAUCCCCAGGUGUGAAAUAAAAAAAUGUCUCCAAACCUUGCCAAAAUUCCCCUGGGAGACAGUCCCUCCCUAUUGAGAACCACUGGGCCAGGGGAAGCCUGACAGGCCUUGGGUCCCAGAGGGUGCAGGAGCCACCCUUCUGGAUUCCGCUCAGAAAAUAUUCAAGCUGCGGAGCCUUCGGCAGGCGGGGCUUAUGCAGAUGAGCAGCAGGUUUGGCUGGGAGGCGGGUGGCUCUAUGCAGAUGAGGAGGCGGUGCCUGCAUGCUGAUGAGCUGGGCCUGCCGCGGACGCGGCUGGGAGCCCAGCGGGUCCCGCUGCGGUUCGCGCUGAAGUGUCAUCUCUCUCCCCUCUUCCCCCUGGGUCCUUAUCCUCCGAAACCUUUACCUCAUCCUCGACCUUUACCCUCAUCCAUUUCCCCCUCCUACUCCUUGCACCUGUGUCCCCUGUAACUGAGUAUCUGCACUCCUGGCGCCCCUCCACCCGUGUUUUUCCCCUCCCGCCGCAAACCUCGCGACCUCCAGCAGCCGGCCCCCACGGGCCCGAUCCUGCCGGGCAGCUCCCGCUGCAGCCUUCCCAGCCUUCCCGCUCUGCAGGGGCUCGCCCCACUACGCCCCGAGUCAUCCGCGCGUAGGCUUCCCUGCUCCCCUCUCCCGUCCCCUCGGAGCCCCCUCCCCCGCCCCAGCCAGCCGGCAUGCAGGUAUCUAUCGCCUGUACCGAGCAGAACCUUCGCAGCCGGAGCAGUGAGGACCGUCUGUGUGGACCCCGGCAGGGCCCUGGGGGCGGUAAUGGCGGGCCAGCCGGCGGGGGGCACGGGAAUCCUCCAGGGGGUGGAGGGUCUGGCCCCAAAACCCGAGCUGCACUGGUUCCCCGACCCCCAGCGCCCGCUGGGGCCCUCCGAGAGAGCACCGGCCGAGGCACUGGCAUGAAAUACAGGAACCUAGGGAAGUCUGGUCUUCGGGUAUCCUGUCUUGGCCUGGGUACUUGGGUCACGUUUGGUUCUCAGAUCUCAGAUGAGACAGCAGAGGAUGUGCUGACAGUAGCCUAUGAGCAUGGUGUAAACCUGUUUGACACCGCCGAAGUGUACGCAGCAGGAAAGGCUGAAAGGACCCUAGGCAACAUCCUGAAGAGCAAAGGUUGGAGGAGAUCAAGCUAUGUCAUCACCACCAAGAUUUUUUGGGGAGGACAGGCAGAAACCGAGCGAGGUUUGAGCCGCAAGCACAUCAUUGAGGGCUUGCGAGGAUCCCUGGAACGCCUCCAGCUGGGAUACGUGGACAUUGUCUUUGCCAAUCGCUCAGACCCCAACUGUCCCAUGGAGGAGAUUGUACGAGCCAUGACCUAUGUCAUCAACCAGGGCCUGGCCCUAUACUGGGGGACAUCCCGAUGGGGGGCUGCAGAAAUCAUGGAGGCCUACUCCAUGGCCAGACAGUUCAAUCUGAUUCCUCCAGUUUGUGAACAAGCUGAGCACCACCUGUUUCAGAGGGAGAAGGUGGAGAUGCAGCUGCCAGAGCUCUACCACAAGAUUGGAGUUGGAUCAGUCACCUGGUACCCUCUAGCCUGUGGUCUCAUUACUAGCAAGUAUGAUGGGCGAGUCCCAGAUACCUGCAGGGCCAACGUCAAGGGCUACCAGUGGCUCAAGGACAAAGUGCAGACUGAAGACGGCAAGAAACAACAAGCCAAAGUCAUGGACCUUCUCCCCAUGGCUCACCAGCUGGGCUGCACUGUGGCCCAGCUUGCCAUUGGGAGGACCCUUGUCUUCAGAGACACUUCUGAAAUCUAUGUGGUCACUGUUCCCCAUCAGUUCUCUUUUUAUCCUCCUCUGGCCCCAGCGUGGUGUCUCCGCAGUGAGGGUGUCAGCUCUGUCUUGCUGGGGGUGUCGAGUGCAGAACAGUUGAUAGAACACCUGGGCGCUCUACAGGUGCUGAGCCAGCUGACCCCGCAGGCGGUGAUAGAAAUAGACGGGCUCCUGGGGAACAAGCCGCAUUCCAAGAAGUAGUCCGUCAGGGGCGCAGGGACCCAUCGUGGCGCCACUGUACCCGCCCGAGAACUGCUCCCCGCAGCCGCCUAUCCCGCGCCGGAUCCCUCCAUGCCGCGGCUGGAGCCAGGGUAGCCCCGCCUACCAACGAGUCCCGGCUUCGAUUAGUGAUACGCAUGAACAAAGCCAUAUCCUUCCGCAGUGGGGCCGAGAGAGAAAGUAGUACGCCCGCCCCCGCUGUGUCCUUCUAGGCGAUCUUGCAAAUCCCGGGCAUGAGCUACUAGCCAUCGGCUCUCUGCCACUUGGUCUCGCCUCUUCUCUCUUUCCCCUAUUCCCGAGGCCCAGAAGAGAAAACAAAAACAAAAACUUAGCACAUACAAGAAACAGAGUACCUUCGAAGGGGCCCUUGAAAUGUCAUCAAAGGGUAAUAACCUAGUGAGUGAGUCGUGAUGUCAUUUGGGACAUAAGAAAUGGGGCUCGUAGGGUAUUCAGUACAAAGGAAGCCAGGCUGGUCCUGGCAGGAUGUAAAUGAUCAUCUUUGGGAAACUAGGACCCUGCCUCCCAGCCAGAGGUGGAGGAGGGUGGUCAGGGUGGGGGCUGCAGUGACAUAGCACUGACAAAGGUAGAGAGAAAUUUAAUAGCACAUCUACACUGCAGUCUGGUGGAAGUGGCCAGGGUGGCCCUUGAAAAACAGUUGGGCUGUUUUUGCAGGAAUUAGUGACAGCCUUUUGGUCACGGGCAGAGACAAGGGGCUGACAUAAAAGGUCUGGGUAUAGACUUUUGAGCCUUGAACAAGACCUCCUACCUGGCAGCGGAGAACUGCAGUCUUCCUCCUGGCAAUAACUCUAAAGCAAUAAUGAUGGUCCCUCCUCUGUAAGACUUCCCAGGGAACUGUAAAUAAACCUCAGCUUAAUCCGCACAA